AUGUCGCAGGAACAACGCUUGCGAAGAAGUUUAAAACAGAUACAAACAAAGAUCUUAAGCCUUGGACCAACAAAUAAAGCCAGAUGGACUGUUUUUAGUACAAAUUCUGAUAUGUCUGUUGCACAAUUUGCACGUAGAAUGGCAACCUACGGAAUUAUGCUAACUUCAGCAGAUGUAACAGCUAUGUGGAAACUUUCAGGCUUAAAUUCUCAACAAUUAACGUUUAAAGACUUCGAAAAUUUACUUAAAGCAGAUAUUCCUUCAUCACCGACUUCGUCUCCUUCAAAACAAAAGAAAGAUUCACCAAUUCCCCGACCAAAACUUGCAGGACCAGUGAUUGAUGAUAAUGAUGACGUUCAAACACCAACAUCAACUGCAAUUGACAAUAUUCAAGCAAUGCUAUGCAGUUGCAGACGUGCGCUGCUAAUGAAAUGCUUAGAUAACGAUCCGAAAACAACUGGAAGAAUUUCAAAGAAACAGUUUAUAGAUAAUUGUUUAUGGUUUGGUACAUCAGAUCAAGAUACCGUUACAAGCAUUACUAACUCUCUUGAUGAAGAUCAUACAGGAUUUGUUAAUUAUAUGGCUUUUGUUGACUUUUUGUGCGGAAUGAGCACAGAAACAGAGUCAUCAUCAGUUGUACGAUCAAGUGUAGCUUCAUCAAAUGAAAUGUAUCAGCAAAAAUCGCAAUCUCCGCCUCCACAACAAAGUUCACCGAAAGAACUUCCAAAAAUACCUCCAACCCCUCCAAGAAUAUAUUCACCAAGAUCAUAUGAUACAUUUGCUUCUCCAUCGAAGCUUGUUGCCGAAAAUUCUGAAGAAGAUACUUUUGAUUUACCAUCUAGUACUUCUCAGUACCAGAAAGAUGAACUUAUCUUUGGCGAAUAUGCAACUCGUCGCAUUGGUGGCUCAGCCGAAAACUUAGGACCAAGAAGAAACUUAGAUCCAACCAUAUUUGGCUCUAAACCAUCAUAUGACCCUGUUCCACGCCAAAGACUGCUAUCAGCUGAUGAAGUCCGUAACGCAGAAGUGGUCGGAAACCUUCCUCCUGGAAAAGCUGUUGAAUUAAUCUCUCAAAAAGUAUUCAAAUUCUUCCACACAUCAAAACAAGCCUUUUCUAAGUGGAGACAAGACGAUCUUCUAUCAGCAGAUGAUCUCCGCGAUGGUUUGGCCAGAGAUUGCGGAGUGAAGUUCCCUCGCGAGGACAUUGCAUUCAUUGUGCAGCACUACGGUGGACCAAUGAAUAUUUCUACGUUCGCCAGAAUGCUUUCUGAUGGAAACCGCCUCACAGAAUUAAAUCGCAGUCCAAAUGGAAGAGUUAGAGAGACAGAAGACGAAGAAAUGAUAAAUGAUAUAGCAGGACAGAUAAGGAGAGAUGGCUGGGAAGAUAUAGUUUUGAGAUGUUCAACAGCUGAAGAGUUAUCAAACGGAUUCCUUGAAUACGGCGUUAAAGUAACUCCUGAAGUUCUUCACACUCUGGAGUCUAAAUACGGCAAAACAGGAUUAAUUGACGCUCUGAGACUCAGAACAAGAUAA